GUGCUGAUUUGCGGAAACGCCAAUUCUUUAUAUCUUAGACAAUAUGCAUAACUAAUUGUGCUAUACAGUCCAAGGAUCGAAUUUGUCGUGCGACACGAGGAGUCUAUUAAUAGUAGCAGCCUAUCAAAUCUUUCGAUGCUGCACAGCCACACAUGACUAAGUACUGCGCUACUGAUUGCUAACUCCGCAUUACCUCUGUCCUCCCAUUGAUAAAUCAGAUUGAGUCCUACAUCUGACAUUAUUGUUCUUCGUAAAUCUGUUUCCAAACUAAAUAGAAACCAACGCAUUAAAUCACGUACUACUUACAUACAAACCAAUUUCGACAAAUCGUGGAAAAUGGGAAGUGAAAAUGGAAAGUCUCGCAAAGCUAUCAGAGAGCUUGAGAAGGACAAGAACGAAAAUACCGCCCUCAUUGCAAAGCAGAAGUUCAUACGUAACCAGGAGACGUCGCCAUUGCUUCGACUACCAGGGGAAGUGCGAAACAAGAUAUACAGCUACUGUGCGGAGUACUGUAGAGUUGGGAUUCAGUUGAACAAAGCGUCUUCCUCCAUGGUCAUUGAUUACUCAAUGCAUUGGGUCUUCAGCCACACAAAUUCUCUGGUGAAAACUAGCCGUCAACUAUAUAACGAAUACUCGCCCAUCCUCCUCGGUCUCUGCGCUUUCCAUCUUCACAUCGAGCUUCGAGAAACUCGAAACGGAUUCACACGCUUGUACAAUGAGAUUGAUCAUAUCUUCCUGGCUACUGUUCGAGUGCUGAGUCUCCACGAUCGCCACCGCAAAUUCAUGAAGGAGGCUGCCGAGGUGGACAUUGGCCAAAAGUUGCCGAAUCUCAGAACGUUCAUCUUUCUUAUUCGUAUGCGGAGAAUCGACCGAGCCAUACCGCCAGAGAUUGAGGAAAUGUGCCAGGAGUUUGCAGAUUUCUUCAAGAAACCUGCCCUCGAGGUUUGGAUACGUGGCUCCGGAGGUAUCAUAUUUCGCCGAACUCCCGACGGGAAGGUUGAAGCGCCCGAAGUGUUGAAGGAGGUGGAGAAGUUUCUGUGUGACUCAAAAAGUCUCUAG